CUUCUAGAAUGCGAAUUCCACAUAAGUUGCAUACAAUCUCUCUGUCUUUUUGGAUUAUAUUAUAAUUAAAUAUAAUUUCUUUAUUAAAGCUCCCAAGAAAUCUGAUUUAGCAACGUUAUCUCUUCUCAUGUAUAUAUACAUGUAAAAGAGAGAUUUAUUUGCGUUUUGUGCUUGUGUUUUUUUUUUUAUCAUUUUCCAGGAAACAAAAAAACAUCAAAUAAUGAACAUGACAAAGAACAACGUCGUUGAAGUGUCAACAUUUUUGUUCUUCGAAGCAUCUGCAGAUUCCGAGACGACCCAUCAGGAACGUGGACACGAUGGCGAUGAUGUGAAAGGUUGUGACGAUUGCGGUGAAGAUGCUGAGUCAUGCAGGUGCGAGAUGUCAACGAGUCAGAGGAUGAGUAGGUCAACGGAUUUUGACACGGUUGAAGAAGUAGCUGACGUCGCCGGAGAAAAUGAAGGUCACGUUGACGAAGAUGGAGAGGUGAAUAGUUAUCGGAAGUGGCCAGAGAGGAGAGACGGCGAAAAUCUGACAGUUGAUUCAUCUUCGACGGGAAAUGACGAGAGGUUGAUGAGUGAGAUUGAAAAAAAUCGAAUGUUUUGGGAAGCUUGUUUGGCUUCUUAAUAGUCUAUUUUAUGUUCGGAACAAAAAUGAUAUUAUUAUUUUCUAUGUUAUUCUACAUUAAGUUAUAAUCGAUUAUGUGUUUGAAUGUAUUGAUUAAAAUUCCUCUGUUAUUAUAUGUAUGUAAUUUCUCGACUUAUAGAGCAUAUUGAUGUUUGUGGUCA